GGGGGGGGGUCGUGAGAAUCGUGUACCCGAUCUGAAUCUCCCUCACCUCUUGCGUUCGAUUACCCGGUCCAUACAUACACAACUCCUUCCGUCUCCAAAAAAUGAGCAUUCUCCAAAUGCCACGGCGAUGAAAUUCUUAUCGAGGAUAACAGGCUUAUCUCGCUCCUUCGAUAAGCAUUCAAUUGGAUUGUUAUUAGUACUGAUGGGCAUAUGGCUGCAUCUAAUCAGCCUGAGAGUAUUGACCCUCCUAAUCUCAAUACUCUCGAAAGCCAAGUUGAGACGGAAUCACCAGGCCGAACUUCUUUCAAAAAACGUAUUGCAUUCGCAAAGCGCAAAGUUACAACGAAGGAUGGGUGGUUUGGAGACUAUGACUACGCCUGGCUCUGUAUUCCGGCCUUACCUUUUAGCGCGAAGGCUUCAAGAAAACAACCUCCGUUUUACAGCUUAGACGCUGAUCUUCCACUGGCUCUGGCGAUCUCUAGCGGGCUUCAGCAUGCUUUAGCUAUGCUUGCUGGUUUAAUCACGCCGCCAAUCAUCUUUGCAAGUUCGUUAAAUCUGGACAGUACCACCUCAGCGUACAUGAUAUCGGCGUCUUUAAUUGGAUGUGGUAUUCUCAGCCUUGUCCAAAUAUCUCGAACCCCUUUGUUCUAUGGAUACUACUUGGGAAUGGGUUUGAUAAGUGUCGUUGGUACCAGCUUUGCAACACUAUCUACCGCGAGUGCUAUAUUCGACGCUAUGUACCAAGAUGGAACAUGUACAUCAACUGUGGACUCCGAUGGCACCGCGGUUCGUAAUGCAUGUCCAGAUGCCUACGGUAAAGUGUUAGGAACAUCUCUUAUCUGCUCGUUCCUCGAAAUGUUCCUCGCGUUCAUCCCUCCUCGUGUCCUCAAACGUAUUUUCCCUCCAUUGGUUACCGGAACUGUCGUUUUAUUGAUCGGAGCAUCGCUUAUUGGUAGCUCUGGUGUCCCAAACUGGGGCGGAGGCUCGAACAACUGUCAGACAGCCCCAACCGGUAUUUACGCGCUGUGUCCGACUACUCUCGCACCAAGGCCUUUACCGUGGGGCUCACCUGAAUUCAUCGGGCUUGGGUUCUUGUCUUUCAUCAGCAUCGUGCUCACCGAGAUGUUCGGUUCGCCAUUCCUAAAAAACAUCAGUAUUAUCGUCGGUCUGGCUGUUGGAUGUAUCGUCGCGGGUGCCACUGGCUACAUCGAUGGAUCCAGUAUCUCUAGCGCUCCCCCAAUCACCUUCUUAUGGGUUCAUACUUUCAAGAUCGGUGUAUAUCCUCCCGCCAUCCUUCCAAUGUUAGCAGUAUAUGUCUCUCUGGCCAUGGAAGCAAUAGGCGACAUCACCGCAUCUGCGGAAUGUUCUCGCGUGGACGUACGUGGAAUUGAGUUCGACUCCCGGGUGCAGGGAGGGGUCUUGAGUGAUGGUAUUGGGGGGUUCCUUUCAGCUCUAUUCACGGUCACUCCUUUAUCAAUUUUUGCUCAGAAUAAUGGUGUAAUCGCCAUGACACGCUGCGCGAAUCGGUCUGCUGGAAGAUGGUGUUGCGCAUUCCUCAUCCUUUUUGGUGUAUUAGGCAAGAUAUCUGGCGUUUUCCUUGCUAUCCCGAAUCCAGUCAUUGGCGGUGUCACAACGUUCCUCUUUGCUUCUGUUGUGGUGUCUGGUAUUCGGGUUCUUGCAUUGAUGCAGUUCACCCGCAGAGAUAGAUUCGUCCUCGCGGCGGCUAUGUCAUUCGGCAUUGGGGAUCUGCUUGUUCCAAAAAUAUUCACUGAACUUUUCAAUGGCGUCAACAAUCCCAACAGUGGCCUGCAAGGUCUCUUCAACUCGAUCACCAUCAUUUUAAGCACUCCUUUCCUCGCAGCAGGGAUCGUUGCAGUGAUAAUGAAUCUGGUUCUGCCACAGGAAAAGGAUGCGGAGGAAGAGAAAGAGAGCGAUGUCGAGUCGUCGAUUGGGGAACGCAAAGAGGAGGUUACAUCGUAGUCUUUGAGUAUGUGAAAUGGAUACUAUUAUUACUGUUACGAAUAAGAAUAUGUCUGACCGUAGGAGUUCUAUAGACCAAGAUGAUCCGGCGGAUAAAUAGGAC